GAUUUUUUUCCUGACACUGGUUUGUAUUCACAGCUGUGCAUCAAACAAAAUGGCUCAACAAAGUAAUGUUGUAAUAGUAAACCAGCCUAUGCUUAGAAGCUCCCAAACAGAGUGGAACUCUAGCCUCCUGAACUGCUGCGAUGAUGUUGGAAUAUGUUUCUGUGGUUUGCUCUGUCCGUGUUGGUUAAGCUGUCAAAUUACAAAUGACCUGCACGAGUGUUGCUGCUGUGGAACCUCGGUAGCUAUGAGAACUCUCAUCAGAACAAAGUACAACAUCCAAGGAUCCAUCUGCAAUGACUACUGUGCAACAAUGUUUUGCCUGCAAUGUUCCCUCUGCCAAUUGAAAAGAGAAAUAAAGCAUCAAAUGUGAGGAGACCAGAUGUUUUAAAGCUGUAUUGUAACUGGAAUGCAAAUACAUUGAUUGAUGGAUCGUGACAUCAGCCUUCAAAGAUCAUGGAAAUAAAACAAAUUGAAAAUAAAUUCACGAUAUGAUAAUGUCAACAUCUACCACCAUGAAUAUCGGUGUUUGGUUCCCUUGCAGAAAAUCUGACAAAUUCCACUUUCUCCUAGGUCCCAACUUCCCUCAAUAUCAUGUACCCCGCCCCCUCUGCUCUGCCCCAGCCCCUCCGACCCAACCCCUCCGCUCCACGCCCUCUACUCUGCCCUGCCCCCUCUGCUCCACCCCACCCCCUCUGCUCUUCGCCCUGUCCUCCCCGCCCGGCCGCUCCGCCCCUCCCCCUCCACCCCCCACCCCCUGCCCCCAGCCAAUAUGGUUGCCAAGCAGGUAGGUGACUUCUUCUUUAGAUUCCUUCCCAUGAAGCUCUUAAAAUAUACACAGUGCAACACAAAGUCUCUUCCCUCUGAUCUUGUUUAAUCCUGCAUAAAGUGAGUAGAUGAGUGAGAGCAAUGCACUGUUCAAAUGCACUGGGCUGCUCAUUGCUUUCAAAACUUCAAGUAAACACAGCUUCCUCAAAGACGUAGUUAUAAUAUCAUAUGUCCUUUACAUAUGUAGGUACAAUAGAUAUUUUUGGUAUUUUUUGUCGGUUUCGGUUUUGUGGUAGAAAAAAAGAAUUUUAUAAGAACUAAGAACUUUUAUACUAUGUUUAAUGAGAAUGUACACCUUGCUGGGCUAGGUAUAAGUCUAUGUUUAUGCCUUUGACUAUCUUCUGUUGUACUUUGUGGUUCAUUUCGAAAUAAAUUUUAUACUAGA